AAAGAUCGUUACUCUUUUUCCGAUGCUACCGCUAUAUGUGCUAAUUUAGUGCUAAAAUAUACAAAUUACGGCAAUAAAUAUUCGAGACUUGCUCAAGUGGACAAUUUGUUUGACUGGUCAUUUCUGACAACAGCAGCACUGGAAAGUAAUUAUGACGAUUUUUUUAUUGGUAUUCGAUAUCGGAAAUCAGUUGGAUUUGAACGAAUCGACGAAUUACUUAUACGAUUUGCACCUUGGGGAAUCGGUGAACCUAACUUGAGGAAUGGCGAUUGUGUGGUGGUUAGAAUUGGUACAAAUGGCCCAGCUUGGUACAUGGAUGAUUGUAUGAAGAAAAAACCAUUAGUCUGUCAACUGUCUAAAGAUAAAUUUAUGAGUGCAAGAUCACAAAUUAAACGAUGUCCAGAUGGCAAAGAAGAUUGGAUUCUUGGAGAAACACACUGUUAUCAUUUAGUAGAUAAUGAAUCUAUGCUUAGCUCGGGCUAUAAUGCAGAUCAAAGUUGCAUCAAAGUGAGUUAAAU